AUUUUUUUGUUUUUACCCUUUUACCCAAAUUAAAUACUUGAUUCCACAUUGUUUUUUGUUUCUAAUUUGAAAGUAGCAUGCGCCUAAUUGUUCGCCAAGAUUACGAGGAGGUUUCUGCUUAUUCAGCAUAUUAUGUAAAAGAAAGAAUCAACCAAUUUAAACCGACUGCCGAAAGACCAUUUGUCCUAGGACUACCUACAGGAUCCUCACCUAUUGGUGUUUACCAUAAAUUAGUAGAAUUCUAUAAAGCAGGAGAAUUGAGUUUUCAACAUGUAGUAACAUUUAAUAUGGAUGAAUAUGUUGGUUUACCAAGAAACCAUCCGCAGUCAUAUCACUCAUUUAUGUGGAACCAUUUAUUCAAGCAUGUUAAUAUUAAACAAGAGAAUGUGCAUAUAUUAGACGGUAACUCAGAAGACCUUGACGAUGAAUGUUCUAAAUUUGAGGCCGAUAUUGUUAAGUUGGGUGGCAUUGAAUUAUUUUUAGGCGGCAUUGGACCAGAUGGACAUAUUGCUUUCAACGAACCCGGUUCUUCUUUAACCUCAAGAACAAGGGUUAAGACAUUAGCAUACGAGACAAUUAUAGCUAACGCUAGGUUCUUUGGUGGAGACUUAACUCGGGUACCUAAACUUGCCCUGACGGUGGGUGUAGCAACGGUAAUGGACGCUAAGGAGGUUUGUAUAGUAAUUACAGGCGCUCAUAAAAGUUUGGCCUUAUCAAAAUGUUUAGAAGAAGGGGUAAAUCACAUGUGGACCGUGUCGGCGAUACAAAUGCAUCCUAAAGGAUUGAUUAUUUGUGAUGAGGAUGCAACAUUGGAACUCCACGUUAAGACCGUACGCUAUUUCAAAUCAAUUGAACAUGUACACCAAUCAAUUAUAGGUCCACAUAAUCUUGGAUUACAAGGUAAUUUGUUAAGGAACAUGGUUGAUUCAAAUCAAGCUGCAAAACGAAGAAGAAGAUUAAUGCUUCAGAGUUUGUUGAACGAUCAAGAUGAAGAGAGUCAUAGUUAUUUUUCUUCUGAUGAAGAUGCUCAAAAGAAAAGACAUAAAAAAUAAACAAUAAAUAAAUAAAUAAAAAAAAA